AAUACAACAACGGUUAGGAGCCGAGGGCCUUGACCUAUUUUCCCGGAAAGCUUCUCAAUCUUCCGGGAAUAUUACUUAACCGCUCGGAAAAUUAAAUCCCCAUUUACGUUCUCUGCAUUCUCUUCUCUCCCACUCUUGCAUUUUCCCCCCAUUUCUCCCCAGGAUCAGAAACGAAGGGGGAAAAUGGAUACAAACAAAAACCUCGGGGCCAUCGUCGUCAUCGCGGUUUCGGCUUUGUUCGCACUCUUCACCUCUGUCGAUUCCGAAUGUGUUCCUCUCCUCAAUUCCUACGUCGCCAGGUCUCUGCUUCCCGUUUUCCUGCCAUCGAACACUGAAGCUCCGUCUCCGGCUCCGUCGCAGGAUACUUUGUCGCCGUCUCCGGAGAUUCCGGCCCCGAAAGCGGCUGCACCUACAAUGCCUUCGUCGCGGAAAGUGUCUCCGGGGGUUGUCCCCGCAGUAACGACUUCUCCGGCGAAUCCUCCGUCGCUGAGCGAGCCCAUGGCUCCGUCGCCGAAUGAGCCAUUGAUCUCUUCGGGAGAAGGUCUGGGUCUGAUACCACAAUUACUCCCUCCGGAGAUCAAAACCGUCUGCGCAGAAACUGAUUUCCCUGCUCUCUGCGAAUCCUCGAUCCAGCCUCUUCUGACGGGUCAAACCAAACCCGACCCGGAAUCGGUCCUCCUCCUCAUGAUCCGGGCGUCGCACGACGCGACGAAAUCGGCGCUGGACGUCGUCAGGAAACUCGCCGAGGAAGGAGGCGCAGCCUCAGACUGCGAGGAGCUGUACGACCUUGCCGUUCGGAACUUCGACGACGCCGUUGAGGCCGCCAAGUCACGUGACUCCGGCACGCUUAACAUCAAUCUGAGCGCGGCUAUGACGGACUUCGUCACGUGCAGCGACGGGUUCGAGGAAAUGGGCGAGCCGAAUCCGUUAGCGGACGUUGGCGACAAGCUGAUGAAGAUGGCGAGCAACUGUCUCGCGAUAUCUACGUCGUCGUUGAUUAAGUUCUAAACUUUAUGAUGAUGAUGAUAUAUAUGUAUAUACAUAUAUAUAUAUAUAUAUAUGUGAUACGAAACGUCGUCGUUUCUCGUUGUUUCUGAGUGGGGUGAACAUUGUACUACAGUCGUUUUAUGCUUAAACAGUUUAAAUUAGGUUUCCGCAUCA